AUGCACCCUUAUAGAGGACGUGGUGGCCCCCGCCAAUCCACACCAGCAAACGUCCAGUGUCAGAAAUGUCUCAAAAGAGAUAAGUUUAUCAUUGGCCAUUUCAUCACAAACAUUAUGCUGACUCCCACAGAACGUCACUACUCAUACGAGUGCAAGGAGCCGGCCCAGACCAGGCCCUAUGUGUCUCGGCCCUCGCGAACACAGCAGUUGCGCAACCCGAAGCUCAUGCCAAAGUUAACGAACGAAACCCCAGACGAUGCCGAACGCAAGAAAGGCAUUGCAGAUGCCGAGCUCGCGAAAAAGGAGGCCGAGAGGGCCAGACAGCGAGAGUUAGAGGAGAGGGAUAAUGAGCUCAUCAGGAAGACAGAAAGCAAACGACAACGGUCCGAGUCCGUCGACUCUGUCUCCACCAUUUCAACGAGGCGUUCCGCUUCGCCGCCGCCGCCUAGA